GCCUCCAAACUUCCCUUCAAGUUUGAGAAACACCUCCGUGACGCGCAAGAGGAGAAAAGGGACCCCGUUCCGCCGGACAGAGGGCAACUACAUUACUCGCGUUCUCCAAACAUCAGAGGUGAUGUUUGAAGAAGAGCCGACGCAAGAGGAGCCCAGCUCCCCGGAGUCUCCAGUGGACAGUCUGGGCAACAGCGAGGAGGAGCCAGACGGGCGACAGCAGAAGCGCUGCAGCAGGAAAAGACGCCAGAGCAGAAAGAGCGGCGAGGACGCGGACAGCCCGACGCCCGGCAAGCGGAGCAAGAAGUGCGUCGUCGGCGGCGGCGGCGGCAGCGGCAGCGGCAGCCCUCAGUCUCUGGAGGACCUGCAGACGCAGCGCGUCAUGGCGAACGUGCGCGAGCGUCAGAGGACUCAGUCGCUGAACGAGGCGUUCGCGUCGCUGCGCAAAAUCAUCCCCACGCUGCCCUCGGACAAGCUCAGCAAAAUACAGACGCUCAAGCUCGCGGCGCGCUACAUCGAUUUCCUGUGCCAGGUCCUGCAGAGCGACGAGCUGGACUCCAAGAUGUCCAGCUGCAGUUACGUGGCGCACGAGAGACUCAGCUACGCGUUUUCCGUCUGGAGAAUGGAGGGCGCGUGGUCCAUGUCAACAUCCCACUGACGCACUGGCACGGUUUUCGGAGGAGCUGAACUCGCCGGGAGAGCGAAACCGAACGAUGGAUUAUAAAGGGAAGGUUCUGGGAAGGUUCUUUGCGCGCCACGACGCGGAGCAGGAAUUACAAUCAGAUCCGUGCGACCGUGGAAAACGUGCUCUUCUGCCGGAGACGUCGUAUUUAUUACAGAACCGAUGAAGAAACUCGGCUCGUAACGAGACAUGUCCUAGAAGAGACAUUUAUUUAUUUAUUAUUGAUCGUCACGAUGCGGAAUAGAUCUGGUGUCUAUGCAUUUUCUAUUUUAAAUACGAUGUAAAUAUGUGUAUAUUUUCUGCAAUAAAAUAAUUUG